GUGGGAGAGUCUCUGCUUCCCCCUUCCUACCCGCUCCGCGGCGGUAGCUCAGGCUCUUCGGGGAGGGGGAGACAGAGAAAGAAAGAGACGGACUUAAUAAAGUUUCCUGAAACAACAACUACUAGCAAAAGAGGCCCAAGGUGGGGGGAAACCCCCAUUCUUCCCCGCCCCUCUCCAAAAGCCUGAGGGACCGUUGCAGGUGGAGCGGUGCUGGGAGGGGGGGGAGCCGGGCUCCGGCGGCAGCCGUUGCCCCGGCGAGGGGCUCCCAGGUCCUGCCCGCUCCGGUUCCGGCUCUUUCGGUGGCGACGGCGGCUUCUGCGGGGCGGUUCCUCCUGUCAACUGCCUGCGCCCGCGCGCCGCCCGCCCGCCCAGCGCCACAGCGCGGAGGGACGCCGUGAGCCGCCGUCGCCGUCGCCUCGGGCCGCGGAGGGACGUGGUGAGCUGUGGCGCUUCCGCGUCAGCGCCGGCGGGGACUCUUUGGGAGCGCGUCGGGCCCGAACCCCUGUUCCCUUCGCGUGGUCCGCCGAGGCUGCGCCAGGUGGGGCCCGAAGCCGCCUCCCACGCCAGGCUGUCCCCGAGGCUGCCCGGCCUGCCUUCCUUCCUUCCGCCUGCCCGCCGGCCCGCCCUAGGAGUUAACCAAGCCGCAAUGAAGAGCUUCUUACAGUGAAAGGAAAAGUAGGUCUCGCCCACUGAAAAUGCCUUUAAGGGACAAAUACUGUCAGACUGACCACCAUCAUCACGGAUGCUGUGAACCAGUUUAUAUCCUGGAACCUGGAGAUGCUCCUUUGUUACAGCAACCACUACAGACAUCCAAAUCUGGUAUUCAACAAAUAAUUGAGUGCUUUCGAUCAGGAACUAAACAACUUAAGCACAUUUUAUUAAAAGAUGUGGACACCAUUUUUGAAUGUAAAUUAUGCCGCAGUCUCUUCAGAGGAUUACCAAAUUUAAUUACCCAUAAAAAAUUCUACUGCCCACCAAGUCUCCAGAUGGAUGACAACCUUCCUGAUGUAAAUGAUAAACAAAGCCAAGCCAUAAAUGAUCUCCUAGAAGCCAUAUAUCCAAGUGUGGACAAGCGAGAAUAUAUUAUUAAGCUAGAACCCAUAGAAACUAAUCAAAAUGCAGUGUUUCAGUAUAUUUCAAGGACUGAUAAUCCUACUGAAGUCACAGAGUCAAGCAGUACUCCUGAACAAACUGAAGUUCAAGUACAGGAAACCAGCACUGAACAGUCUAAAACAGUACCAGUUGCAGAUGCAGAGGUGGAAGCUGUAGAGCCCCCACCUGUUGAGAUUGUUGCAGAUGAAGUUGCACCUACAUCUGAUGAGCAACCUCAGGAAUCACAGGCUGACUUGGAAACUUCUGACAAUUCUGAUUUUGGUCACCAGUUGAUAUGCUGUCUUUGUAGAAAAGAAUUCAAUUCCAGACGAGGUGUUCGUCGUCACAUUCGAAAAGUACACAAGAAAAAGAUGGAAGAACUAAAAAAGUACAUUGAAACACGAAAGAAUCCAAAUCAGUCCUCUAAAGGACGCAGUAAGAAUGUUCUAGUUCCAAUAAGUAGGAGUUGUCCAGUAUGUUGUAAAUCAUUUGCUACAAAAGCGAAUGUAAGGAGGCAUUUUGAUGAAGUUCAUAGAGGACUAAGGAGGGAUUCAAUUACUCCUGAUAUAGCAACAAAGCCUGGGCAACCUUUGUUCCUGGAUUCUGUUUCUCCUAAAAAAUCUUUUAAGACUCGAAAACAAAAGUCGUCUUCAAAGGCUGAAUACAAUUUAACUGCAUGCAAAUGCCUCCUUUGCAAGAGGAAAUAUAGUUCACAAAUAAUGCUUAAAAGACAUAUGCAAAUUGUCCACAAGAUAACUCUUUCUGGAACAAACUCUAAAAGAGAGAAAGGCCCUAAUAAUACUGCCAGCAGUUCAGAAAUAAAAGUUAAAGUUGAACCAGCAGAUUCUGUAGAACCUUCACCCCCUUCCAUCACCCAUUCUCCACAGAAUGAAUUAAAGGGAACAAAUCAUUCAAAUGAAAAAAAGAGCACACCGGCAGCACAGAAAAAUAAAGUUAAACAAGACUCUGAAAGCCCUAAAUCAACCAGUCCGUCUGCUGCAGGCGGCCAGCAAAAAACCAGGAAACCGAAACUCUCAGCUGGCUUUGACUUCAAGCAGCUUUACUGUAAACUUUGUAAACGUCAGUUUACUUCCAAACAGAACUUGACUAAACACAUUGAGUUGCACACAGAUGGGAAUAACAUUUAUGUUAAAUUCUACAAGUGUCCUCUUUGCACUUAUGAAACUCGUCGGAAGCGUGAUGUGAUACGACAUAUAACUGUGGUUCAUAAAAAGUCAUCCCGCUACCUUGGGAAAAUAACCGCCAGUUUAGAGAUCAGAGCUAUAAAGAAGCCCAUUGAUUUUGUUCUAAAUAAAGUGGCAAAAAGAGGCCCUUCGAGGGAUGAGGCAAAACAUAGUGAUUCAAAACCUGAUGGCACUUCUAACUCUCCUAGUAAAAAGUAUGAAGUAGCUGACGUUGGUAUUGAAGUAAAAGUCACAAAAAACUUUUCUCUUCACAGAUGCAAUAAAUGUGGAAAGGCAUUUGCCAAAAAGACUUAUCUUGAACAUCAUAAGAAAACUCAUAAGGCAAAUGCUUCCAAUUCACCUGAAGGAAACAAAACCAAAGGCCGAAGUACAAGAUCUAAGGCUCUUGUCUGGGAGAACCUAACGAUGAAACUUUAGACCUUGCCAUUUAGAUUGCCACUAGAGCUCUCCACAGGUGGAGGUUUUUGUGCCCUCAGAACUGACAUGAAGCAGCCUGUUUACCCUGCCCAGGACAAUGGAUACUGAGGAGUACGGUAUGCCAAAUGAGUUUUGAGAAGUCAGCCCUGCUUGGGAUUGAAAUCAGUGACUUAAUACUGAAAGCAUAGGUCUGUAUACCAUUUGAGCUAUCCAGCUUUUGAUUAACUUAUAAAAUCUGCCUUUAAAGGGAAGAAUUCCUGGGAGACUAUCCUUGUCAAGUUUUAAUAGAAUGAAUUUUAUGGAUGAGUUAUGACCCUUAAAAACUGAAGUCAGUAACAGAAAUGCUGACAGACUUGAACUAGAAGAGGACAGCUAUAUUAUAGUCUUAUAAUCUGUAGUUAAAUGAGAAAAGAAACCUUUAAAGUUUUCUGUUCUAAUGCUUUGAAAACAAUUUCUUUUUCUUGUUAUUUGAACUUUAAUAAUAGACAUUAGCAUAAACCUAAUAUCCAUGUCAAAAUAAGACAAGGCACAUUGCUGUAGCAUAGAAUUAUUUUAAAUCAUAAACUUUUAACUAAUACGUAUUUCAGAUCUUCUCUUCUAAAUAAAUUUGUUUUUAAACAUUGAUUUUUUUUUUCCUGGCAAGCUUCUAUAUACCCAUUCUCACCUCAGUAAAUCACUAAGUGAUUAUUGAAUAAAGGUAAUUUGUGUAUUUAGGCAUGUGUAGGAUUGUAACAAAAAUGAAGAGUUGAACAGAAUUUUAGAAUAUAUAUUUUCUGCAUUGAGGACUUCAUUUAAUAACCUUCUUUAUAUUUGUUGAUAUUCUUUAAUGCCCUGUGCCAACGUUUUAGAAAUUUUCUUAGAAAUUUCUUACAAGAUUUAUCAUAUUUCAAUAACACACACAGAUUUUUUUUAUCCAAAAGAUAAUGAAUACCUUGAAUUUAUAGUAUGCCAAAAUUUAAUAAGUAAUUAGAUGUUCUUUUAGCUUUACUAGAUCACUGAGCAAUAGAGGGUGGUUUUUGUUUUGUUUUGACAUUCUUUUUCAUGUAGUAAAAUCCACAGCACUCUAUUACAUCGACUAGACCAAGUUUACAGACUUAAUCAAUGGAAAAGUAAAACUGGCACCUCUUGAUUUCCUGGUUUUGUGUAUCUUGGGUGGAGCUGACUCCUGGGUGUGAAGGUUGUGAUGGGAAAUGAUGCUAGGUACUUGCAAGAAAAUACUGGAAGAUGUUUGCCAAACAUCCUGUAUAAGUAUGAUUUUCUCAUACCUCAGAGCCCUACCCUAUUUAAAGUUACAUCUAGAUGCAUGUUGUUCUUGUACUGGAACCUGUUCAGUCACUUUUGGUGUAAUACUAGCAUGGCAUCUCUCCCGUGUAGUAGUCUGUGAAGGAAAUUUGGCAACCCAGUAUUUGAAAUUAAUUUCUAACAGGUUUUGCAAAGUUGCUAUUUAAAAUCAAACUAUGACUAAAACUAAAUGCAUCAUUCUACCAACACUGACUUCCCUUGCUGACUGUUUUGUCCAUGCUACCACCAUCAUUUUGCUUAUCUUGCAGAUUUCAAAAUUCUAGUCCUUUUAUGACUGUGUUCUUGAUAGCUUCAACCCAUGGUGACCUCUUCCUUGGAUGAACUCACAAUAUUUACCUUACCACUAAUUUUUCACACUCAUCCUUUGUGUUGUUAUUGCAUUAUUAUUUAACUAGAGUGUCCUGGUGAUUAGACUCAACACUUUGAGGCCUGACAGUCUUUCUCCACAGCAUCAUGAAUAAAUGAAUCGUCAGGCAUAUUCCUAUUCUCUGUUCUCUAGAUGUCAGUUUGGGUUUCUUUCUUUUCAGGGUCCUCUUCGUGUCUUCCUUUGGCCUAAACCACCUAUUGCUCUUGACUUGGCUACUCUGGUUCUGUUAGUAUCUUGUGUUAGUGGAAAUUAUGAAUGAUUUUAGGAGAUCCUGGGGCUAAUUUUAUGGGACUAGGGGGUGAUUUUUCCACCUUUUUUCCUAUCUCAGGAUCCAUUUUUAAAACUGCCACAAAAACUAUACUUUUUUACAGUUAUUUUUAAUAGGUAUUCAUUUAUCAAAAUAUAUUCUGGAAUUCUGUAUCUUGGAAGCAAUAGUUUAGAUAUAUAAAAAAGGAGGACUAACCGGAAACAAAGAAGAGAAAUACUGUUGAAUUGCCAAACACGAAUUUUAUUUCCAGACUCAUUUGCUUGCUGUGGUACUUCUUCCCCCCCGCCCCCUUAUAGCCUAAUGGGAACAGAACACACAGAAGUGUAAAUAAUUAUAAUAUUGCAUUAUAUAAGUAACUGCAAAGUAAGGUCUUAAACUAUUUUUUUUUUUUUAGCCACCUGGCAUUUUGUAUAUACCAUCUUUUGAGCCAUAAUUUUAUUGAAUUACAGAUGGGGAUUCUAGAGAUUUAGUAGAACCUCAUUUUAAACUGGAGAAAGUUGAGGUAAGUGAUUGCACCAGGUCACACAUCUAGUAAAUGAAGAAGUCAGGAAUGGAGGCCAGCUAUCUCUUAAAGAUUAUUUUAGUUAGGUAAUAACACAUACAUGUAAAAAAAUAAUACAAUGAGGUGUUCUGUGAAAGGUAAGUUUUCUUCCUAUCCCAUCUUUCUCUUCCCUCAUUUUCUACCCCAGAGUCAAAUUACUAGUUUCUUGGGUUUUCAAGAGCUGUUCUAUGUGUAGAUAAACAUAGAAAUAUAUACAUUCCCCUUGAUGCAAAUGGUAGCAUGUUUGUAUACACUCUUCUGUACCUUUUUUUUUUUCCACUUUUUUUUUUCCACAUGGCAUAUGUCUGAAUUUUAUGGAACCCAGAUAUACUUAUUCUUUGGUCCAUGAACUUCCAUUUUACUACAUUGUCUGUCAUUUAAACAACCAGUUUUUUGUUCAUGUGAAUGGACAAAGUGUUAAAUUAUUCGUUGUCUCUAGUAUAUAUUGCAUUCCUCAUGUGACCAUAAUGUACUAUGUCACACUGCUUUCAGAAAGAGAUCAUGGUCAUUGGUUUAUUUUAUAAUAAAGUUGAAGGUAAAAAAAGUAAGUGAAAUAUAUAUAAUAGUUAUUGCUAGUAACCUAAAAUAUCUGAUUAGGAUAUUUACUUUCCCAUUUGAGAAAGAAAUGACAGGCAGAGUUUUCAGGAAAAUGAUUUACCUUUAGACUUGUGUAAAAUCUGUUUGGUAUGUACAAAAAUGUUUAAUUUCUCAGUGCCAGUGAAAAGCAAUGAUUUAUAAAUAUCAAAUCACAAAUCUUUAUUUUCUAAAUUUUUAAUACCUAUUUUUUUAAGAUUUUUAUUUUUAAGUCAUCUGUAUGCCCAACAUGGGGCUUGAACUCACAACCCUGAGAUCAAGAGUCACACACUCUACUGACUGAUACAGCCAGGCUCCCCUAUUUUCUAAAUUUUUCAUCUCCAACCUCAUAUGCAAAUAACAGACACAAUUUUUCAUUUGUUUCUCAAAGCAGAUUGUAACUAUGUGUUUUAAUCUUCUUAAUAUGCCUCAUGAUCAUCUGCAUAAAAAUGUAUCCUUAAUUUUGGUCAUUUUAUUUUGGCAUAUAUAUAUAUAUAUAUAUCAAUGCAAUUAUGGCUUUAUUUUUCAGACAUUAAUGGGGCCUAAAGAACACAGUUUUAGAUCUUUUGGACCAAACUAUAUCACAAAAGGCAAAUCCAUUAAAAAAAUAUGUCCCAUGCCAAAUGUCCAUGAUAGGAUUUAUGGAGGCUAAGUAUUUAUAUUUGAAUUUUACUUUAGAUGGACAGUAAUCCUGCAUUCUCCCUAAGACGGCAGUACUUCUCAAUGCACUAUUUACUGAGUAAUUCUGUUUGAAAAUAGUAUUAAUUAUAAGUCCAUUACUGGUCGGAAAAAAGUUAAUCAUACUAAAAGUAUAUUUUUAUAAUACUUUCACAAUAGUUAAAAUUCAGUAGUAGAACAAAUAAGAUCAUAUCUUUGAGGCUUAUAGCAUUAGUGCUGCUUUUACGUGUGUUGUCCUCAACCCUGAAUACAGGGUACUCCUGGUUCUUACUGCAUUCUGAACUCGGAAUUCUUGAUGUAAGAGAACUAGUCUUGUCAAAAACUGUGAUAAGUCAGGUUAGAACCUGUAUUUAUAGGUCUCUCUCCUAUGGAGAUGUUUUCAGAAAACAAAAGCUGACAAACAGCACCCCAAACGAAAACAAACUCAUGUAACCAUGUAUUACGUGAGACACAGAAAAUAUUUUGAUAUUUAUUCUAUGGUGUAAGUUUAUAUGUUCCAAUUCUACCUCUACUUGAAUUUCUUUUUGUUUUUGCAUAAAUGACUAAUUUAACAAGUGAAACAAACACUUGUUGCUGCCAUUAAAAAAAAAAAACAAUCUUGAGCCUUCUCUGCUGUAAAAACUAAGCUGUAAAUUCACAAGGUGGUGCCCUGGAGCCUGGAGAAACACUAUUUUCUUCUUCCUUUUUCCAUAAUGUUCAUUCCUAAUUGGUUCUGGUGUGCGUGCGUGUGUGUGUGUGUGUGUGUUGAUUGCAUUUGGAUGUGUAUAUGUGUGUUUGAAAUCACAUGGCACAUGGCAUUGUAGUUUGCAAAUGGGGAACAAGACAAGGAGGGCAGGCUAGCCUCCCUACCAGGCCUCACAGGGAACUUCGACGUGGCCAUUACUUUCUAAGGCUGGCCUUAAUUACGGGUUGAUCUAGCAAGGUGACUGGGUGCUAGAGAACUGGGUCGCUCUAACCAACCUCCUAGAUAUGGUGUGCAAAUUCCACAAUGCUAGUUUUAAAAUUUUCAAUGAGGGCUAUCAGGCAUACUGGCUUCUCAUUUUUAGGGCUCAGUGUAUGUUCUCCAAAUAGGCAAAUCUACAGUCUACUAAAUUAUAAUCAGAAGAUUGCUUGAUGAGCAUUGAAUCAGCUCUCAGUGACCAAAAUCAGCAAGUUCUGGUAGUAUAAUGCAUUCAUCUUUCCCAAGGAAUAUAUUUGCCACCCAGACCAGAUGUUCUUCAAUUCUCAGAGCAUCCUUUUUACUAGACCAGGCUGCAGACAGAUGGCCAGCUUUUGAUUUCUUGAUUUUUUUCUUACAUAGUUACUAUAGAUGAUCUCCUUUAGCACAUUUUUUCCCAUUAGAGUUUAAUAAAAUGGCAUUCAUAUCUGUAAAAUAGCUCGGUGCCUGGCAUACAGUAAUUAAAUGAUAACUAAUAUUGAUAAGUAUAAAUAGUGUUGCGUUCAGGUCACCUUGAUACUUGUAUCGUCAAAGACAGUCUUUUGGGCCAUUUCUUUAGAUAAGCGAUCUAUUUCAUCUUUUACAUUUUGAGUUAUUUUCAUUCUUUAUUCUCUAAUUCUUUUAACUCCUUAAUUUCAUUUAUCCUUAAUAUUGAAUCCAUGAGCUAAUUAAGGACAAUCAUUUUUGGCUCCGAAUGAUUUUGUUACCAUUUUGUUUUUGAGACUUUGAUUCUUUUCAAAUUUCAGUUUUUUGCUCCAAAAUACCUCAUUCCCUACAGUUUCCCAUCUGCAGUGUGAAUCUGUUGAAAGAGAUCAUCUUCAAGUUACUGCUCAGCUCUAGAAUAGAUAGAAUUUUAGAUCUUUUUUGAACAGAUCAUGUCAGGUAUAGCCCUUGCCAUCUAAUCACGCUUACUUUCAUUUCAAGCUCUGCCUGAGUCUUUCUCAUAGCAUGUAAAGUUAUUUUGAAAAUAGUAGCAGCAUCAGGAUUGUUAGAAUUACAGGGAGGCAAUAAUUGAAAACCCCAGAGGCAGAGGUGUGAUGAUGGUGAAUGAUUACCACCAGUCAACAAUGAAAUUGCAAGUAUGACAAGUACACAGUUGGCAGAACUUUUUGAAUGUAAAGGAGUAUAGAAAGGAAAAACAGUUGAUUACUCCAGCAACAAUGAGCACUGUCAGCCUUCUGCUCUUCAUCCAUCCAGGGAUCAGUUAUUCUCUUAAGAGUGGCAAAAUAGAUUUAGGAAAACAGUGGGGACAUUGCCACAGCUCUUUCUCGUAUUUGUAAAAAUACAGAUUAUGGUGAAUUUUUGAAGCUGGUGGUCUCGGAACCACUGUUGUGGGAGUUCAGAAAAUGGAGAGAUCAUUUCAGACAGAUAUUCAGGGAAAGCUUGUCAGGAGUGGCUUUGGUCUGGGUCUUGAGGGAUGGGCAGUGCUUGAAUAGAUGAAAGGAGGGAGAAAACAUUUUUUGAUGGGUGAAAUACCAAGAAUAAAAGCAUAGAGGUGAGAAAUAGUAGUGUAUGUUAGGGGAGUGGAGAGCCAAGUAGUUUGGUACAAAAUUUCUUAAAAUAUGGUCCAUGAGAGAGAAUCGAGGCAGUGCUUCCUGUCAAAUACCACUUACUUCAGGAUUAGAAAAACGUGGUCGUUUAGCAUGGAACUGGACGGAACUAUUGAUGCCUCUCAGUGCAUCAAGCUUCCUGUUUUCAUGUGCUCCCUGAUGUCCUCAAAGAAUUCCAUAUUAAAACACUUUUUGGAAAUUGGAAAGGCUGUCAACAUUUUCAAAAUAAUUCUCUCUGUAUCUCUCUAAUAUUCAAGUGGAAGAAAAAAAAAAGUGAUAUCACUCUGAGGGCGGAUGUGCGCCUGUCAUGUCAGGUACACUUCAUGGCUUUCCUGCUUUGAUGAGGGAAGGAUAGCCACACUUUACUGUGUCUUGUUAUUCUCCAUAUCAGCUGCUGUCACCACCACCUUUCCAAGAGAUAUUACUAAGAAAGAGGAACAGAAUAUGUUGUUCUUCUCUACUAGACAGAAGUCUGCUGCCUUUCAAGAGGCCUUAAUUGAAUGUGAAAGCAGAGGAAAUAGUGUCACUUGACUCUAGCUUGAAAGUCUUGGAGGAAUUUAGUGUCCCAGUACAGAGGCUACCUCAAUCUGACAAAACAUUCUGUGGAAUUCUGCUUUGGUUCUGCAUACCUUUGUGAGUCAAAGAUUUCAUUACUUGUUAUCAUGGAGAAAAAGUUGCAGCUGAUCAUUGAAGAAGAUAUAUGUGUUGCUAUGUCAAAGACCGUAUUGUAAUUUCAUCUCAACAAGCCAAAACUCACUCAGAUUUACUACUGGGCAGUUAGAAUUUUUUAAAGUAAUUUUCUUCAGGAAGCCACCAUUUUUCUUUUAUGAAAAGUAACAAUGUGAGGGAGGCAUAGUCAUUUAUAAAUAUUGGUUUUUAUAUAUUGCUUAUGUUCAGGAAAUCAGUUUCCAGUGCAAUGAAAUAAAGUAUAGGGUGUAUGCAUUUGGGUGCAUGUUUCUGGAAAAGAAGUCUGUAUCUUUAAUCGGAAUCUCAGACUGGUCUUUGACUCCCCUGAAAGGUUAGGAACUAAUAAUUUAGCUAGUGUGGAGUCAAUAGGAUGCUAUGGAUGAGCAAAGGAAUGACAGGAAAUUAGAAAGCUCAUGUGAAGAAUGUGAGAAAGAAAGCUUCAGCAGGACUGAGGGGUGACUUAGGAAUUCAGAUUAGCUCCAGGCUCUGAGUUAUCCUAAUAAUCUGAAGGUAAUUUCCUAGAUAGAGCUUCUCAAAGGUAGGAACCCCCUGUUACCUUCUUCGGUUUUAGUGUGUAAGCACAGUGCCUGAGAAAAUAGGUACUCAAAAAUGUCAAAUUGAAUCACUCUACAGUUAAUGAAAGUUGGACUACAACACCCAAAAUAAAUGUUCUUCUGUUUUAUCUGUAUUUAAUCCUGUUUAUAACUCACUUGGUGGAAAAUAAGGUUUUUGAAGAGAGAGUGCUUUAUAUUAUAUAGCUCAAACAACCUUUUUGUUCAGGAGUGGUUAGUUAAUGCAAACAUUUGGCCUCUUUGGAUUUGUUCUGUGUAAGUUUUAUUUCUGAUAAACAUUUACUAGAGGUGUGCCUCUAGACAUGAUAAUUUUGUCCAGUCCCUUCAGAAAGAAGGAAACUUGUAGGAUAGUGUGGAUGAGUAGGUCAUCAUAUAUUUAAGCAAUAUUCUAAUGAACAUCUAAAUUUGGAUUUGUUCAUCAUUAAGUAAAAUCAACCUGACAACUCUGAGGUCAUUUUGGUUUAAAAUAUCUUUGGAACUUAUAAUGUAUUUUCUAUCAAUUUAACAACAAUGCCCUGGAAUCCCACCCCUACAUUAUAUCAGUAUAAUUUUCUGUGAUCUUUAAGCAUUUUCCUGGGACAAGGUUUGGCAAAACAGACUUCUUAAGUAUUAAUAACUGCUAAAAAUUUAAAUGUGUUCUCUUGGAAGACAAAGAUGUUUAGAUUCCAGUUCAUUGUAACAUUUUAGUUUUGCUCCCCCUAAGUUCUUUUAAGUUAAAGAGAAAAUUAUUGAAUACAUUGUUAAAACACUGGUAUUAUAAAAAAACAUUUGUUCCAAAAAUAUAGUUGUUUUUUUCUGUGGCAAUUAUAAAUCAAAUUAGUUUUGUUAAAAGCCCAGAAAUCCUCCCCCCCAACUUUUGUCUGAAGCAGAAAUGAUUACUAGAGUAAAAUAAGGUCUGAUGCCCACCAGUUUGCUAAAUAAGAUGAUUAUUUUCAUAAAUUUGAAUUGAGAGAAAGUUAGAAUGGGUACAUAAGAAUGGAGUAAAAUUUUAUUGAAUUAACUUGUUUUUUUUUUGUUAUAAAAAUAAAAAGUGCUUCUUGUAUACAAUUUGGGAAAUAUCUCAAGAUUACCUGAGGCCUCAUCACCUGGAGAUGACCAUGUCACGUUUUGGAGUGUUUUACACAUCUGUGGUGUGGUGUGUGUGUACGUACACACAUACGUAUACACCUCUACACACACAGUACAAAUGGGGAUGAAAACGGAUUUUUUUUCAUUCCAUGUAGUAUACAUACUUUCCCAUAUGAUUAGGUAUUAUUUCCCAGCAUUAUUUUAAUAAGCUAAUAUCCACUAUAAGAAAAGACCGUAAUCAAACCGACAUCUUACUGUUGGGUAUAGGAUAUUUCCAGUUUUUCUUGAAUUUUUAAAAUUUUCGUUGCUUUUUGUUUUUGCUGUUUUCUUCGGUUAUAGAUACUGCACUGAAUACCCUGUAUGGAAAUUUUGUAUGUAUUCAUAAUUAUUCCUUACGGGAAAAUUCUAAAACUAGAAUUGCGGGUCAAAGUAUAAAAAAAAGAAGGGUUCUGAUACAUUUCCUUACAUUGCUAAAACCUGGAUGAGACUUCAGCUGGGUGCUGGCCUCCCCUGAUCAACACAGGAGAGAAACCUGUGA